GACUAGCUCACAGCUUGUCAAUUUCAACAUCGGGUCACAUGACCAGCACCUCCCUGCUAAGGAUGGGGAUAGAUUUCCACGUCAGCUUACGUCUCCAAAUUUCUACUUCACGGAUCCGCUUCAAAGAGGCAGCUGCAGUGGAGAAUCAUGUUAAGCUCGGCUACUGCGGAGAGCCCAAGGUAGCCCAAUGAUGGAUUUUGAUGAGCGUGGUCCCUGCUCCUCUAACAUGUAUUUGCCAAGUUGUACUUACUACGUCUCGGGUCCAGAUUUCUCCAGCCUCCCUUCUUUUCUGCCCCAGACCCCGUCUUCGCGCCCAAUGACAUACUCCUACUCCUCCAACCUGCCCCAGGUCCAACCCGUGCGCGAAGUGACCUUCAGAGAGUACGCCAUUGAGCCCGCCACUAAAUGGCACCCCCGCGGCAAUCUGGCCCACUGCUACUCCGCGGAGGAGCUCGUGCACAGAGACUGCCUGCAGGCGCCCAGCGCAGCCGGUGGCCAACGCACCCGCAAAAAGCGCUGCCCCUACACCAAGUACCAGAUCCGAGAGCUGGAGCGGGAGUUCUUCUUCAGUGUCUACAUCAACAAAGAGAAGCGCCUGCAACUGUCCCGUAUGCUCAACCUCACUGACCGUCAAGUCAAAAUCUGGUUUCAAAACAGAAGAAUGAAGGAAAAAAAAAUUAACAGAGACCGUUUACAGUACUACUCGGCUAACCCGCUCCUCUAAGGCUCCAGCCGGCUGGAAUUGGGUGGGGGGCUUCAUACACAGGAGAUAAUAUGCAGAUUUUGCCCUUGACAAGGUCAAACCACACAGUGACUUUGAAAAAAAGGAAAUGUGCAAGAGAGAGGAGGCUAUGUGGAGAUAGCCCCACAGGAGGCGGCAGGAACUCUCUUGGUUAAGAUCUCAGUGGUUAAGAUUCCUAAUAAUUGAUUCUGAGAGUUGUGCAUUACCUUAGAAUGAAUGGUUUGGGACCCCUGGUGGUUCGCUCUUGGAGCCUGCAGAGCUUUGGACUGGGUGUGGUCUCCAUUGGACUGGGCCCCCUGCCAGGCCCCCUGGAGGCUGACCACCCCCACCCCCAAGACCCUCCACAUGGAGCCUACCCACCCCUAGGACCCCUGAGUCAAGACGCUGUAUGCUCUUCAAGUCCAUUUCAGCUGGGGGACAGGGGCAGGAGGAAUGGGGAGGAUUCUUAAAUGCCCCAAAUGGGGCUGUUUUGCAAAGCCAAUGUGAAAGGCGGCUGGACUAAGAGGUGGAUAUAAGGUAGGAGAAGGAUGCAGAUCCGUGAGAGAAAUGAAAUCUGCUCUUCCAGGUGGCAAGAGUCUUUCCACCCCUCGAAGCCACCCACUGCACUGUCCCACACCAGAGCUCCUAGCAGCCUCCUCCUGCAACCCACCUGGCUUUUCUUCGUACUAAAUGGAGGAGAUGGUGGUUUCUUCCCAGCCUGCCACUCAGCCCAAAGCCUGGUCACAGAGCAAACUGUUUCCUGGAGUGGAAGACAUUCAAAAACCAAGAGGCUGCGCCCAGGCCCAGGCCGCUGGCCCCUCAGUCUCUGCAGGAAAUGCCUGAAGAGUGCAGCAGUUUGGCAAAGUCUCCACCAUACUUAAUGAAGCUUGGAAUUGCCUGGUGUCUGACAAUGGAGCAGUAGGCCUGGUCAGUGGGUCCCCACCUAUGGCUGUGAGGGGCUCCAGUGCCCCAGAACAGUAGGUGCCAGAGCCACACUGCCCCCACUGGCUCCAGAACUGAAUUUGGAAGCUUCCAGCAACCUUCCAAGAGCCCAAGAGUGAUUUGGAAUUAUUUUAAAAGAUAAAUAUUAUAUUAUAUAUAUAUCUCCCUAAAGGAACCAAAGCGAAUUUUAAAAGAUGCAAUGUACAG